AUGGCUUCCCUACCGCCUGCUGAUUGCUGUGUCCGAGGCGUCAAGCACGACGGCUCUCCCGUCGGGACUAUCGAAAAGAUUGACGGCAUCGACACGUACUUUGCGCGCCCUGCCAACAACGCGUCCGACACGGCCAUUCUCAUCUUCACCGAUGUCUUUGGCAUCUACAAGAACGUCCAGCUGAUCGCCGAUGCCUUCGCUGCACGCGGCUAUCUGACCGUCGUCCCCGAUCUCUUUGAUGGCGACACCAUCCCUCUUGCCGCCUUUGAGAGCGGCACCUUUGAUUUCCCGCCCUGGCUGCAGAAGCACUCGACGGCCCAAGUUGACCCCAUUGGCGAAACCAUCAUCAAGCACUUGCGAACUACGCUCAAGGUCAAGAAGCUGGCUGCUGUUGGCUACUGCUUUGGUGCCAAGUAUGUCGUCCGAAACCUCAAGGCCGGCAUCAUUGACGCCGGCUUCGUCGCCCACCCUUCUUUUGUGACGCCUGAGGAGCUCGGUGCCAUCACGCAGCCGCUGUCCAUUGCUGCUGCCGAAAUCGACAGCAUCUUUACAAACGAACUUCGCCACACGUCAGAGGAAAUCUUGGCGAAAAUCCAGGUUCCUUACCAGAUCUUCCUAUACGGAGCUGUGAGCCACGGCUUUGCCGUCAGGGGAGACCUCAGCGAUAAGAAGGUCAAGUUCGCCACCGAUCAGGCUUUCGAGCAGGCCGUCAAAUGGUUCAACGCCUGGUUGUGA